UGCGCCGUCGCGGCCCUCUGGGCUCCGGGCCCCGGCGUCCGCGGCAUCGCCGCCCUCCGGCCUCCCCGCACCAGGGCGACGGCGUCCUCCCCGCCCCGCGCCAAGGGGCAUGGUGGGGAUUUUGGCCCCACAAAGGGGAUGAAGCCGCGGGGAGCCAGUUUUUUGGGCUUCUCCUCCCUCAACUGGCUCCUUUCAGCGGGAAUUGCGGGGCUUCUCCGGUGAAGCCGUUUCGUGUUCCCCCGUUCGGUACGGCUUCGCGAGAAGCUGGUGGAGAAGCGGCUCAAGAAGCCCUGCCAAAGUCAUCACGUUAGGUCCUGCCCGAGUGACCCAUCAUCAAUCAAACUAGCUGGUUGAGCGCGAGCAAUGGAGUUGGGGACGGGGGCGAUAGGGAGCCUUCUCCCCAAGCUGGUUGAGCUGCUCAAGGAGGAGUACGGCUUCCACGAGGGUGUAAGGAAGAAGAUCAAGUCUCUCUCACGGGAGCUGGAGAGCAUCCAUGCCGUCCUCCGCAAGGUCGGCGAGGUGCAUCCGGACCAGCUCGAGGAGCUGGUCAAGCUCUGGGCGCACGAUGUCAGGGAGCUGUCCUACGACAUGGAGGACAUUGUCGACACUUUCUUUGUGCGCAUCGACGACGGUCCUGAGCAUGUUGAUGCACGCAUGCUCAGGCGUCUCCGGAAGAAGAUGGCAAAGAUCUUCAAGAAGUGCAAGCAUCAACGCAAGAUUGCUGGAGCUAUCCGGGACAUGAACAAGAGAGUCGAGGAGGUGGCUGCAAGGCGUGACAGGUACACGGUCGACAACGUUAUCGCCAAGCUUGCAAGUCCUGCUACCAUUGAUCCUCGCAUGCAGGCGCUAUACAAGAAGACGGCAGAGCUUGUUGGUAUUGAGAAGCAGAGCGAAAAGCUCGUAAAGAUAUUGUCCCUUGGGGAUGGUGUUCAUGCGUCCGAUGAGGCGAUGAAGAUUGUCUCUAUAGUUGGAUUCGGAGGACUUGGCAAGACAACUCUUUCCAAAGCAGUCUAUGACAAACACAAACCGGCAUUUGAUUGUGGGGCUUUUGUUCCGGUUGGCCGGGAUCCUGACAUGAAGAAAGUCUUAAGGGAUAUUCUCAUUGAUUUUGACUACGUGAAUCCAAAUGUGAUGAUAUUGGAUGAAAGGCAGCUCAUCAAUGAACUAAGGAAAUUCAUCCACAACAAGAGGUGUUUGUUUGUUAUUGAUGACAUAUGGGAUAAGAAAUCAUGGGAAUUGAUCCGAUGUGCUUUGCAACAUAGUAAUUGUCGAAGUAGAGUAGUGGUGACUACUCGUAUUUUUGAAGUCGCUACACAUAUUGGUGAUAUUUACAAGAUGCAACCACUUUCUCGCGAUGACUCUGAAAUAUUACUAUAUUCUAGAAUAACUGGUGGUGAAGACAGAUUUCUAGACAGUCUUUCAACUGAGGCAUGUGAUAAAAUUUUGAAGAAAUGUGGUGGUGUGCCAUUAGCUAUCAUUACAAUAGCUAGCUUAUUGGCAAGUAAAUCAGGGGAGGACUGGGCUAAGGUGUACAAUUCUAUAGGUUUUGGUGACAGAGGCAAUGACAUUGUUGAGAAUACUAGAAGAAUAUUGUCAUUUAGCUACUAUGACCUCCCUUCAUAUCUAAAGCCUUGCUUGCUGUAUGUAAGUUUAUUUCGGGAAGAAUAUGGGAUCGAGAAAAAUCUUUUGAUAUGGAAGUGGAUAGCUGAAGGUUUUAUUCAGAAUGAACAAGCAACAACAGAGAUAGAACUAUUUGAGCUCGGGGAAGGGUACUUCAACGAGCUAAUAAAUAGAAGCAUGAUCCAACCGAUGGAGAGAGAGGAUAACGGGUAUGUAUAUGGUUGUCGUGUUCAUGAUAUGGUGCUUGAUCUGGUCCGUGCACUAUCGAGUGAAGAAAAGUUCACCACUAUAUUGGACAGCAAUGACCAACAAAAACUCAUAGGCGGUAGCAAUACUCGCAGAUUUGCCGUGCACGGUAGGAGUGUUGAAGAGAGCACAACCGCACUCAGCUGGUUAACAUAUAUGGGUUUGGAGAAAGUGAGGUCGUUUAGUGCGACGAAUAUUAAUGUGGUAACAUCAUGUUUCCGAGUUCUACGUGUUUUAACUAUAGAAGAUUGCAGUGUUGGGGAAGCUUGGGGAAAACAUAGAUUACGGCACUUAGGGAGUUUACGUCACCUGAGGUAUCUUGGAAUUUUGGAUACACAAAUUGAUGAGCUCCCCAAGGAAGUUGGAGACCUCAAGUUUCUACAAACACUGAAUUUGUCAGGUACCGGAAUGCAACAGCUGCCGGAGGGUGUGGGCCUGUUGAAACAACUGUUGUGCCUACGUGUCAAUGACAGUAUAACAGUGCCGUCUGGUUUGAUCGGGAACCUUACUUUGUUGCAAGAGCUGAAGAUAUGGCCGGCUGAUGAUGCGUCAACAAGGCAGCUCAUCAAGGACCUGGGCGAGUUGAGAGAACUAAGGACGCUCCGGUGUACCAUUCAUGUAAGCGAUGAGAGCAUGGAGAGAGAUUUGCUGGAAUCGCUUGCAAAUCUCCACAAGAUCCGCACCUUAUUUGUUUUUGGCUCAGCAUUGGCGAGAGGCAUCACAAGUGAAGAAGUAUGUUUUGUGGCUCCUCCUCGGUGCCUUGGACAGAUGUGUUUGGAAUGCUUCAAGUUCUCUGCACUACCGGUAUGGAUGGACUCGACACUUGUUUUGAACCUCACCCAUCUGGAUGUGACAGUGAAUUUGGUGCAAGAACAGGACAUGGAAACCCUUGGGAGGCUACCAGAGCUCUGUUAUCUCAAACUGAGUUCAGAUCACACCAGACUAUUAAGCAUAAGGAAGACCACUGGUGAUCUGCACCGCUACUUCCGGAAGUUGAGAUUCUUUCACACUCCCUUUUCGUUUGUCCAGUUUGAUUCACACGGCUGCGAAAGCGACGACGAUGCAACCAUAGCACAUUCCAUCAUGAUGCCAAGCCUUGAAUCCCUUGUGUUUUCUGUUUAUGUGCGGUUCAUAAAAGAUAUGGACAUUAUUCAGCCUGGCUUUGAGAAUCUGCUUGGCUUUGAAAAUGUUGCUGGUACUUCGCUCCAGAGGGUUACUGCUACGAUCCAGUGUGAGGACGCUACUGCUGCGGAGGUGGAGGAAGCGAAGGCAGCAUUGGCACAUGCAGCUGAUCUCCAUCCCAACUGUCCCGCCCUUAGAAUUCAGAUGGAGAAUAAGCAUAAGAUGCUCUCAACUGACCGAGAGGUUUCUGGAAAAAUCCAGAAUGGUGCCCAUCAGCACCAGAGGAAACCAGACUGAAUUUAGUUGAUUUAUUGUGCACUUUCUUCUCACCGAUCUCUGUUGCAUCCUUGUAUGUGCGCUUGUUUUAACUCUCUUCUUCUUUAGACUGAAAUACUGAAUACAGGAAGUGACAACAUAUUCAUUAAGGAAAAUGAUUUUUCAAGUAUGAGCGUUUGGUUUA